AAAAACAGUAGAGUCUCCUCUCUCAACUGAAACCUCGUUAUCUCAACUUCGAAGAGCCUCUCCAACUUCUUCUAUUGCUUACUCACGCAGUCACACUCACGCCAUCGACCCUCCAUUCGAUUCGCACCCUCAGACCCUUCGACCCGCUCCAUUACUCACGCAAGUCACGGGGUCUUCGUCAGCGUCGUUCUGUUCAAGCUUUAAGCGUCCUCCUCCGACCCCGUCCAUUGUUCUGAUUUCAAGAUUCAGUUUAUCAUCCGGUCCGCCUUGUGAGUUGUGACUUGUGAUUUAAAUUCUUCUCAGCGUGGGCACUGGGUCGAGCCGUCAAGAGAGAACCAGAGGAUUUGGUCUUGACGCAAAUAGAAUGGGGAGGCUAUAGGGUGGUUCGAGGUUCAUUGGUAGUGGUGGUUGCUGCUUGCUGGCGGCAGUGCUAUAGUGCUUUCCGGCAUUGUUACGCAGCCGAACCAAAUAAUGUAAGGUUUCCGGCCUUGAUGCAUAAUUUUGCACUGACUUUUAUACUACUACAAAUCUAGGGAAACAGAAAGAAACACAGGAAAGAAGUAAGAAAUGCAUGGCAGAUAGCAACAUGGCUAUGUACCAGAUUGUUCACAUCCCAGACGAGGAGCAGUAUCCCCUUCACCAGCAACCCACUGAGAAAGUCAUUGCUUCAGUCAUUGAUCCAAAGCAUGCCAACCACAUUGUAAGGAUUUUGAAUCGAAUAGAACCACUGGAAAAUCUCCGGCAUGUGAAGCGAGUUCAAAAGAAAAUUCUUGAAGCAGGACAAAUACAGUUAUCUGUGAUCCUGUGUCUAGCAUCUGAUGGUGACAACCAGUUGGAUAGUGUCCCGCCUCAUCUGCAGGGGUUGAUUAGUUCCUAUCAAUUGAGUCCCUUUAUCGCAAAAGUUUGCAAAUAUGCCGCAACAUCAAAAGAAGAGUGGCAAGAGCAAUGCAAAUUUUGGCCAACAUCAUAUCAUCCCAGGACCUAUAACAUCGAUGGCAUUACUGGAUUCAACGAGGAAGACUCCCAGUUAAUUUUCAAGUUCAUGCAAUCAGCUGUUGAGUUGACAACAUCAGAGGCUGGGUUGGAACUCAUUUGUAUAAGAGCGGACGGAGCAAUGAUCUCAUUGAUUGUACUUGCUAACCUGCAGGUAGUCAAUGCUGCAGUGAUAGUGGAUCCUUCAACUAAACAGAAUUCUUUAGUUGCCAUCCCAUUAGCUAAUAAAGUAGGAGCCAAUGACUCGUUGCCUUCAAACAAGCCAUCCAAUCAACUCAGACAACCUCAUGCAGAUGUGGCUUGCUUAUACCCUUGGCGUUGGGCUGAGCAAAAGUCACAUACGCAGAAUUAUAAGUGGCACCCCCUACGGCACGCUGCUAUGGUAGCUAUAGAAUCUUCUGCCGCCAGGGAUAGAUGCUGUUUUCCUUCUGUUAGCGACAUUGAUGAAAAAUGUUUGGAAUUGGAUCAUGAAAAAACUUCUUGGAUGGCCUCUCCUCCAAAGAGACAGAGAACUAUUCCUGAACAUGUUGAGGAUGAUGGAAAACUAAAUGCUGUUAGUCAGAGUUCUGAUCAAGUGUCAGCACGACCUUACUUAUGCACUGGUUAUGACAUCUUUCUUGUUUGGGAACCGUGCACAAUGUGUGCUAUGGCGCUCGUCCAUCAGAGAAUCAGAAGGAUAUUUUAUGCUUUUCCAAACCCUCAUGCCGGGGCCUUGGGCAGUGUUCACAGAUUACAGGGAGAGAAAAGCUUGAAUCAUCGUUAUGCUGUUUUCAGAGUUUUGUUGCCUGAGGAAGUCCUCCAUAAACGUCAUGCUGAAGCUGCAGAAACCGUUGCAGCCAGUACUGCUUAAGCAGCACCUGUGAGGUCUUAGGAGGAUGGUGAACGAUUAUAACUGGAGACAGUAUUAACAAGAGAAUGUUGAAUGUUGUUAGCUUAGCUAAAAUCAUUGUGAACUGUUAUAUUAUUAACUUAAAUUAGAAGAGUUGUUAUCAAUCGAAUCAUUGAUUUGUACUCCAUCCAAUCCUGUAUAUUAAAUCAUAUAAAUUGCAUUUAACUAAUUCAUCAAAGCCAAGAUAAAUUAGUUAAAA